UGGUAUAGUAUAUGUGUAGGCAUGUGGAAUUUCCCCUGUUGACGAGAUUAGAACAGUUGCUGAUACUCGUUUACAAAAUCCCGGAAAUGGCAGUUUUUAAAACGGAGGUGAUCUCAGCUUGCAAGAGGUCUAGCCACAGCAGCAGUAAUGUAAACACUGAAGUGACGGCUAGUAAGCUAAGUGAGGCUGAACUGACUCUUGACGUUAAUUUUAGCUGCGCAGAAGCUCGUUAGGAUUAUUGAUUCGGUUCGUUGAAGUGCGAAUGGACAUUUGCCCUAUUUACUGUGCUGGGAAGAUCAUAACAGUUACCUACAUAAACCACUGCCUAAGUGAGGACUUGCGAUAAUGUGAGCUGGAGCUUUCAGGUGACAUCACCAGCAGACAUGGCUGAGGAUGGCGAGAUGAGGCCAGUGGGGGGGUCGGCGAUGGUCGGCCCGUCUCGGUCCUGCGCGCGCCAGAAAUACCACAGCAGCGGCCAUUCCCAGGGCCUGCUGGACGGCCUUCUGGCGUUGAGGCAGGAUGGCAGUCUGUUUGACGUGGUGCUCCUCGUCGAGGGCAAGCCCAUCCAGGCCCAUCGGAUCCUGCUGGCAGCUUCCUGCGACUAUUUCAGGGGAAUGUUUGCAGGGGGCCUGAGAGAGAUGCAGCAGACAGAGAUCACGGUGCAUGGCGUGAGCUUCGUGGCCAUGACCAAACUAUUGGACUUCAUCUACACUUCCGAGCUGGAGCUGGACCUGGACAAUGUGCAAGAAGUGCUCUCUGCGGCCACCCUAUUGCAGGUUCAGGAGGUAAUCAGCUUCUGCUGCGACUUCCUCUUCUCCUGGCUGGACAACGACAACCUCCUGGAGGUGGAGAAGCUGGCCGACGUGUAUGGCCUGGACCAGCUGUGCACCAAGGUGCACACCUACCUGCUGAAGAACAUCCGCAGCCUCUCGCGCUUGCCCACCUACCGCCAGCUGCCCCCAGAUAAGGUGUUCAGCGUCCUGAACAGCGACGAGCUGGAAGUGGAGUCUGAGAACGAGGUGUACGAGGCCGCGCUGCACUACCACUACACCCCCGAGCAGGUGGAGAAGGACCAGGUUUGUCUACAGGAUCCCCUGAGGAUGCUGGAGGCCGUGCGCUUCUGCCUGAUGGAGCGGGACGUGCUGCAGCGCCUCUGUGGCCGUCUGCACGAAUGCCCACUGCGCCAGGCGGUAGCCGACGCCCUGCGCUACCACGGCCAGGAGCUGUGGCAGCCGGUCAUGCAAAGCCCGCUCACGCAGCCGCGCUCCACUUUUAACUGUGUGUUGGCCUUCGGCGGCAUGUUCUCCUCGGGCGCGCUCGACGACAACGAGGAGCGCUUCCAGGUCUACCACCCCAGCUGGUCGGAGUGGCGCAGCCUGCCGGCCGAGAGGGCGCCUCGCAUGUCCAACAUGGGCAUCGCCGUGCUCAACAACUUCGUCUACCUGGUGGGUGGUGACAAAAACACCAGCGGGUUCCGUGCCGAGACCCGCUGCUGGAGAUACGAUCCUCGGCACAACAGCUGGUGCACCAUCGAGCCUCUGCUGAAGCAGCAUGCAGACCACUACGUGUGUGUCCUGGACGGCUGCAUCUACGCCAUCGGGGGUCGCGACUAUAGCAACGAGCUGGACUGCGUGGAGCGCUACGACCCGCACAACAAUUCAUGGAAAUACGUCGCACCACUGAAACGCGAGGUUUAUGCCCACGCCGGAGCAGUGAUUGAUGGGAAGAUUUAUAUCGCCUGUGGGCGCAGGGGCUCAGCAUACCUGAAGGAGACGUACUGCUAUGACCCCAGCGCCAACCAGUGGGCGGAAUGUGCAGAGGGACCCGUGGAGAGGGCUUGGCAUGGGAUGGCAGCUCUCGAUGGGAAGGCGUACGUCAUCGGAGGCAGCAACGUCGGGUGUGGCUACAGAAGAGACGUGUUCAAGGUGGCGUGCUACACCCCGCGCUCCGACUCCUGGUCACUGCUGAGCCCGGUGCCCGCGGGGCACGGAGAACCCGGCAUGGUCGUGCUGGACAACCGCAUCUACAUCCUGGGCGGGCGCUCGCACAACAAGGGCAGCCGCAUGAAGUACGUGCACGUGUACAACGCCGAGGAGGACUGCUGGGAGAGCGGCACGCCGCUGGAGGACCGCGUGUCGGGCCUGUCGGCGUGCGUGACGCUGCUGCCGCACACCGUCCUCAACCAGGCCCGCAGCUGGGAGCAGCAUGCCAAGGCCUCCUGGGUGGAGGUGGACUGGGACGACUCUGACAACUCCAGUGAGGACUGACCUCCCACACACUUACCGCUUUGGCCCUACAUGGGGGGGGGGUCUGGCGGGUAGCCUGUGUUGUGACGUGGUGCUGGUGUUCGGGAGGUCAGAGGUGGUUGUGACGUGACGGGAAGUGAAAGUACUGGGUAUCUCUCUGAGCUCGCGCCCGCACGAGAGGAGUACAGAAGAGAGACUGCAGCCGUCAAGUCUGAAAUCGAGCGGAUGGGUGUUCAGGUGUAAAACUUUUUUUGUUUUCUGCAUAAAUGACAUUUUAAUCGCUUUGGUUUGGGCCUUUGUGUGACACUGUGUGGGAGAUUUGAAUGACGCGUCACGUCACAAUCGUAGUUCUCACGUCGCAGUUGCACGCAUCUGCAGAUCAGCAGAGUUUGGCUUUAGGACACGUUCAGCUUCACGCGCCACCGUCGGCUGCAGGGUUCUCUGGGGGCUCUUUAGCUCGUCUCUACGUACAUGUGAUCCUCCUUUUAUUGUUUUUCUCGACUGUGACCGGAGUUUGUCUAGCCAGAUGUGUUCAGGGUUGUUCACGUUUGCUUUGUUAUCACGCCACCCUUCGUCCAUCUCUGUGUCGGUCCCCUACUUUUGCUGCUGGUUCUACUCUGAACUAGCACUAGCGACGGUGCUCUUUAUUUCCUUCACAGGUGACGUGGUGAAAACCGUAAAAAAAUCAAUGGCUUUAUUAAGGCAACUAAAACAAUGUGAUUUAAUAACACCCUAGAUGGUAAGAUUACCUUGGCAAUAAUUGUGCAAGGGGGAUAUGAUUUUGGCUUCAUUAUUUAAAGCCUUUAGAUCGCGUCCGCUUUUAGAUGGUCAUUGUUUUUGACUGUUUCCAAUACUGUUGUGUAUUCAUUAGCCAGCCUUGGCUUUUCACUCUCAGUAGGAGUGUGCCAUCAGCUAGGCAGCAGUUUGAAAGAGCCAUAGAGCUAACUACUUUUAGAUGGAUCAGUUUUUCAAUUCAGUGGCGUUUUGAGUUUUGAAGUGGUUGCAUGUAAAAGAGGUCUUGGCCAACAAAUGUGUCCAGGAUGCCACAAAGAUAUGAGAUUAUUGACCCGACCCACUGGGAUUACAGAUGUGACGGAGCAGUGGUGGUCAGGUGUGAUGUGAUAGUUCCUUUUCAGUGUUUGUGUUACAGAGAUUGAUUCCAAAGAGUUGCCGAGAGUUCCAGAGAAGUUGUUACAGCACCACGUUGGCCACUAGAGGGAGUUAGUCACUAAAUAGAACUUCAGUUAGAAAACACCCUGUGCAUAAUGUUUUACUUUCUGUCCACUGUAGGAAUUAGUUAUGGGCUAAUGUGGCAUUUUAAGCACUUUAAAAAACAUAAAAAAAAGCAGAUUAGGUCAUUUAUGUCACUCGAUUGUGCCUUGUUUCGCAUGUUAUGUAGGGGCAAUUGUUCUGGGUUUUAGAGUUUAACACGGUUUUAAACGCGCAAUUUGGGGAAGGUGUCACAUGGCUUCUUAAUCCCCAUUACUGUGUCAUAAGCACCUGUGGUUAAACCUAUAGUUUAUGUUAGGUUGAUUUCAAUAGCUGUGUCAUCAGGGAAUUUCACAACUGUCACUACAGGUUGACUUUGAUGCGUUUCAAUUUAAACCUGGCUGAUAUUACAUCCAUCACAGAUGUCAGGCUUGUAGGUUAUGCAUUUCUUUAACUAUAUAGGCCUAUGUCGUCUUUUAGGACUACUGUUACUGUGAAUUAAAUAGACCUAUUAGCCUACGUCGCGUAGACAACGUGGACAACCGUGGCCUAACUGUAGGAAGGUUUAUCUUUUCCCAAAAAGACACACUGAAUGCAAAUGGACACAUUCUUUUUCACCAUGCGUACAUCAAGCGUCAUCGUGAAUGUUGAGUUGUGGGCCUGUUCCUUUUAAUGUCACAUUCAAACAUAAGCCACAUUUGUAUAGGCUGCUACACUGAAUUUGGGGAUCUCCAAAUUAGUAGGCGUAUCAUUGUUAAACCUAAUUAAAAGCCUUAGUGUUUUGAACUUGUACUAAUAUUGAUUCCUGAUGAACAGAAUGUGGAUAACCACAAAGACAUGAAAAUGGUGGCAGUGUAACAGUUAUAUUCUUUAGCCUAUUUGAAUUAGGAAAAAUCAAAUAAAGGCUAUAUAAAAGUCCUAUAUAAAGUCCUUAAUGUGGCCCUAAUACUCCCUCAUACAAUUGAGUAGUACACUUCUAGACAAAAAAAAUUUAACUGAUGCAAUUGCCCCAUAGUGCUCAUAUAGGAGAUGUCUUUGCCAAAGAAUGUAUCCAGGACUCCACAAAGAUGUCAGAUUAUUGACCUGACAAAACCACUGGAAUUACAAAUGUGAUGGAGCAGUGGUGGUCAUGAAGUGUGUUUUUUUUUUUUUUUUUUUUUUUCCCUUUUAAAGACUACACCAUUUUUAGACCUCACCGAUCCAUAUGAAACAUGGCAUGAUUGUAGCCCCACAUGGCUUUUACGGGAUGAGAGGUUUGCGUCCCUAGGUGGGUGUGCCUCCUCGUGCUAACACCCCCUGAAUACCCCCCGAGGUAUGGUAGGCAAGUUGGCCUCAAGGAGACGCAUGACCCCCGCUCACUAUGAUUCAUUUGUGGAGUGGUGCCACCUAGUGAAUACUGUUCAAAGCAAAGGCCUAGCACUUCACAAGCCAAUAUCUUAUGAUGUAAAGUUCAAACAACAUUUCACUACCACAUUCUGUGGACGCACGCCAAAUUUCGUGACAUUUUGUACAUGGGGGCGCUGCAACUGUCCUAUUUCAAUAUCUCAAGAACGGCUUAAGCUAACAUUUUGAAAUUGUGUGUGCUCAUACUUGGCUACAUUUGCUCACAUCGCCUAAUGGUCCAGUUGGCUCGCUCUACAAAAUGGCAGCCAACUGGCCAAUCAAAAUUCAACAGCCAAUACAUGCCUGUGAAGGUUCAAAAUGAAUGAAAAUGUAUAGGCUCAUUCAUAAUGGCAUAUCAAAGCUAUUUACCAAAUUGCUAAUUAAUCAGCCACAAUAUGUCAAUACAGCAACCUGUCAUCAUUCAAUCUUUGGCAACUUGCUUGGACCCCAGUGCUUGUGGCAAUAUUUAAACGUAUAAUUAUGAUAGUGUAUGCCCCUGUCCUGUUAUAAAUGUUGAUACUCUACAUUUAGUAUUGUGUCAAACAUACUCUUCAGCUAAUAAUCCUACCUGUUGUUCUUGAUUGCCGCAGAGACCAACAGCUCUGUGAAGUUCUUCGUCAUUACAUUUUAUGCUGAUGUCUGUGUCAAGACACCAUUAAUGUUCACUGUUGUCUGAUAAUCAUAUUGAUGUGCACUGUGUAAUACUCUGAAGGCAAUAGAGUACUUUAAAGAGUACUAUAAUGCAAAUAAAAUACUGGUGCAUCUUUAUGUAAUUCAAGUUAAUAAAUGACAUAUGAUAUGGAUCACA